AACACGAACGCAACACGUUUACGAGUCUUCCAACAAUCAAGCAUGAACUUGUGUAUGAUCAGUUUGUAAAAGUAUUCGACGCGGAUACCUCGUUUCCGCUUGUUAUUUUACCUUGAUCUCGUUGUGUUAUAUUGUUAUCGAAAACAAACUAGGUAACACAAAGGACGAUUGUUGCAAGAGUGUCUCAUAAAAGUGUUUGAAAAACUUGUAAACCCAAGAAAGAUGGAUUUCAACAUGAUUUUUUAAGAAAUCAAUAUGGGCUAAGCUGUAAAAGUAAAGUGCAUGAGAAUUAGCGAAAAGGAAGCAACAAAGCAAGCAUCAUGUAUUCUAUGAAUUACAUCGGGACAUUUUUCAAGAAAUUCUAUAAUGAGAUAAACAGCGCUACGUUGACGGGAGCGAUAGAUGUGAUCGUGGUGGAGCAGCCUGAUGGGAGUUUUACUUGUUCACCGUUUCACGUUCGAUUUGGAAAACUUGGUGUUCUACGCUCCAGAUUCAAAGUGGUGGAUCUUGAACUCAAUGGAGAGCCUCUGCCAAUUCACAUGAAGCUUGGUGAAUCAGGCGAGGCGUUUUUCGUAGUGGAGGUCGGAGAAGAUGAAGCUGAAUGUUCAGCUCACUUGGCCACUUCGCCAAUACCGGCAAAUCGAUUUGAAGACCUUUACGAGCCUAGAAGAAGAAACUCCCUCUCUGCAGUGGAACCAGAUCAUGGCCAAGCAUCAGACUACACAAAGCGGAGGUACACCGCCGAUGGAAAGACAAUGCAGAAACCUGACCUAAGUAAAUAUUCAAAGAAAAAUACCAAAGAAGACAAAAAUGAUGAGAAUGAAGCUUUGUUUGAGAUGGAUGGACUCAACGAAGGUACAGACUGGCCGGAUCUAGUUGCGAAAACGUUCUCGGCGACGAAACUCAGCCCCGACACUGAAGCAUGCCAAACAGUACAAAAAAUAAGUGAGCACAAUGACUUUAGGCCCAUAGAGGCAGUUGAAGACCCAAAGCAGAAUGGCAAUGGAAAGAAGAAGAAGAAAACAAGAAAAGUCAGCUCCAAGAAGAAGCACCAUCGAAAGUCCUCAACUAGUUCUAUUUCCAGUCAAUCUGAUUUCACGAUUGAAACUCGUGCGACCACCAUUCCUAAUACCACAGACAUUCACUUCUUUAGUGACACCGAGGCAGCUGCCCUCGAUGAAGAAAUGUCAAACUUGAAGCUGAAUGGUGAUAACCGCAUACCAUUGGCCUUGUCUGAUACAGCGUUCGAGGUGCACGCUGCCUCCAGACAUACGAAAGGUUCUCGCCACGGUACACCGGUACAGUCUGAUACGGAAGUUGAAUUAGCGCGAACCACUUCUGGGAAUAAAUCAUCCCAGUCCUGGCGCUGGGGGGAGUUACCUGAGCCCCCGAUUCGUACGACAAUGACGGAAUCCACUGACACCGCUUCACCAGCAUCCCCUGCUGAGCCAGCUUCCCCCACGGAGCCCUUAAGUUCGGACGAGGAAAGGCACGAGCGACGUGGGGUCUUAAGUGGGAUGUUCAGGUUCAUCUCCUCUCGGGAAGCGGAGCCGGGUGUUGAAGGUGUAUACUUAGAUGAUAUAGAUAAGGGUCAAGUGGAUCCGAACAUGUACUUUCCCAAACACCACACAGAGCGUUAUCGGUCAGGAACUAGCGGUUCCGUUCAACAAGGCCCUACUGAGGAAGAAUACGAGUCGGGCAAUGGUCCGUCCCUACCACAGUCACCUGUUUCUCCGGCUUCGCCCGCUUCGCUUGAACCACCGGGAUUGGACUCUGAUGACGACGAUAAGAUUCUUGCCAAAGGUGAAGUCCAACUAUACGCAAGAGAAGGUGCCGUCUCACACGUGCUUCCGUAUGAAGAGUUCUGUACGAUGGGCGGCCGACUCGCGGCCGAAGGAAGGUUGGAAGUACGUAUUGGGACGCGCACACUCCCAUGGCGUACUGCUGGACCGCUAAUACUAUCGCUGUUGGCGUACAGACGGCCUCUGCCUACUCGCGUGCUAGAAGAAUUAGACAAAGGGGACAAGGAGCCAUCUGAGUCUCAACCGACAGACGCAGCGAAGCCUCGCACAUAUUCGUGGUGGUAUUGGAGAAGAUCUAACACGGAUUCUAAGAGGCCAGACGUUCCGCCUAAACAAGGAGAGCUAAAGGAACCAGUACCUCAGUCAGAAGUGAAGGAUCUAGCGGAACUGGAUCAAGUAGACAGUAACACACCAAAUGUAGAAAAUAAAGAAGACACUGUUAUCAUCCAAGAUCUGCAGCCUGAAGACUUUGAAGAGAGAAUACCGGAGUUUGAUGAUAAACAGAUUUUCAAUCAAAGUGAUCGCCACGAGCAAAGCUCUUCAGAUUCAGAUCAAGACACGCAGCAGGGCUCUCGAAGACAUUCCACCUUCCGUAAGACGUUGCGACUCUCCUCUGAUCAAAUCAAAAAAUUGAACCUGCGCGAGGGCAUCAAUGAGAUGGUGUUCAGUGUGACGACGGCAAUUCAAGGCACCUCGCGCUGCAAGUGCAAUGUGUUCCGAUGGCGGUACGACCACAAAAUCGUUAUAUCUGACAUCGACGGAACCAUAACCAAGUCGGACGUGCUAGGUCACAUUUUCCCUCUUGUAGGAAAAGAUUGGGCGCAGUCGGGAGUCGCGCAACUAUUCACCAAGAUAAAAAAUAAUGGAUACCAGCUACUUUACCUCUCUGCGAGGGCUAUUGGACAGGCCGGUGUGACCCGCGAAUACCUUCGCUCAAUUAAGCAAGGUGAAACAUGUUUACCCGAUGGACCACUGUUAUUGAACCCCACUUCGUUACUACGGGCCUUCCAUCGCGAGGUCAUUGAGAAAAAACCAGAGGAGUUCAAAAUUCAAUGCCUGGCUGACAUCAAAGCUCUCUUCCCGACUGGGUCUACCCCGUUCUAUGCGGGAUAUGGAAAUCGGGUUAACGAUGUAUGGGCAUACCAAGCAGUGGGAAUUCCUAUAGUUCGGAUUUUCACCAUCAACUAUAAGGGGGAGCUGAAACAUGAACUCACUCAAACAUUCCAAUCCACGUAUUCCCAUAUGACCGUGCUAGUGGAUCAAGUGUUCCCUCCGGUACUGUGCGAGCCUAGUGACGAGUUCUCUCAAGCUGUGUACUGGCGUGAACCGCUUCCUGAAGUAGAGGUCAUUGAACUCCCUGUUCCAACCGUCACUAUACCCGCAAAACAAUCUAAAUAAAGCGAUAAUACUAUUACUAGAUAAUCUGCUUACCAACAUUGAGGUAUAGCACUUCAGAGUAGUUUUUGAAACAAAUAUGUUAAGCUCUAAAAGGAAUUCGGGCUAUUUGUUACACGAGAGCUAGCAGUUUCAAGUAUAAGCGUAGAUCGGUUUAUAAUCUUUCAAGAUGUAUAAUGUGGCAUGGAGCAGCUUUCGCUUUGAUAAACAAUUGCGAGGAUUUGGUUCUGGCAAAGAGAGUUCUACUUAUGAUAUUGGCUCAAAUUUUGCUACGAUUUUUCUAAUAGAUCGUUUUUCUAGGUGGUUGAUGUUGUAAUAUGCAUGUAUUAGCAUGCAUUAGCGUAUCCAUAGUAGGUGACUUUUAAUCAUACAAUUGAGCAAUAACUAAAUUAUUCAGGAAAUAAUGUUACGUAAUCUGGACUUGUAGACUUGAAAACCCUAGGUAUAUAUUGUGUGUAGAUUUUGGAAGAAAUUAUUCUGGAAAAAAAUCUCUUUUUUUCUAUUUAAAAACAGGAGACAAACGAGCUGGAGGCACACCUGAUGUUAAUGAACACUGUCACCCAUGGACACUCACAUUGCCAGAAGGCUCGCGAUACUUUUCGGUUUAGAUAUUCUACUUCAGCUUGAUGUAAUAUUUUGUCUCGGAAUAUGUUAAUAACUGAAAUGUUGCUUCGUCUUUAAUAGGUUUUGUAAAACUCUUCAAAUCAGUAAAAUUAAAGAUGUUUUUUUUAAGAAUUCACAAUUAAUAUUAAUUCGAUUUUUAUUUCUUUUAUACACACUCAAUCAAGCAUAGAGAACAUUAGAGUCUUAUAUCAUUCUAUACCAAUUAUUCUCUGUAGGAUUAAGAUUACAAAAUUUAGCAGAAUGCUUACUUUUUUAAAUGUUUGUAUAAGACAUGCAACUGAUCUCAACUAAUAUAUAAUAUGUAAUUACAAUAGGACUAUGCAAAAAUAGAAUAUCUUGCACCUUUGCUGUUACUUGUCUACAAAAUGGAAUCAUGCAUGGAAAUUAUAUUUUAAAUUUCUAUUAUACUUGCUGGAAUUGUGUUAUGUUGUGCCGAUUUUGAUAGAGUUUUGUUAAUAUGAAUAUUCAAAAUAAAUUGUUUUUACAAUUUCUUUGUUUUGCGUUUUAAGUCAAUAGAAAGGUCAGAAUGACCUGAAAUAAUAUGUUUUGCAUUGUGUAUCAAAGACUGUUAUGUAAUAGUCUAUUUUAUUUGCUGAGUGCAUAAACUGUGAUGCGUCGGGUGAUGAAGAUGCUUUACUUUGUACUGUGAUUACCUAUUAAUGUAUAAGUUAUGUUUAAUGUGAAAUAAAGCACUCCUGUUUUUGUCCUCACCUUAAGCUAUGAUAAUAUUCUUUAUUUUUAGUUUAAUUAUAAAGCAAAGAUUUUUCCAAUUUUAGACAUCUUCAUAAGAAUUUUUGACAUUUUAUCAAAAAAUAGCUAUGAUUUCAUAUAAUAGAAUAUUGAAACUUAUUAUUUUUGUAUAGAUUUAUGAAAAACCAAUUUUUUAUUAUGUUUCUGUGAUUAAAUUGAAUAGUGCAAUGAUUUCAACAAUUUAAAUCAUUUUGCUUUGUAUGAAAUACAUUUUGUUAAGCUGAGAA